GGAGCUCAGCCUGCGCUGCGCCACGAUGUCCAGGGAGUCAGCCAGGAGCCUGGGGACGGGAAGCGCGCCCCCGGGGCCGGUCCCGGAGGGCUCGAUCCGCGUCUACAGCAUGAGGUUCUGCCUGUUUGCUGAGAGGACGCGUCUGGUCCUGAAGGCCAAGGGAAUCAGGCAUGAAGUCAUCAAUAUCAACCUGAAAAAUAAGCCUGAGUGGUUCUUUAAGAAAAAUCCCUUUGGUCUCGUGCCAGUUCUGGAAAACAGUCAGGAUCAGCUGAUCUUUGAGUCUCCCAUCACCUGUGAGUACCUGGAUGAAGCAUACCCAGGGAAGAAGCUGUUGCCGGAUGACCCCUAUGAGAAAGCUUGCCAGAAGAUGAUCUUAGAGUUGUUUUCUAAGGUGCCAUCCUUAGUAGGAAGCUUUAUUAGAAGCCAAAAUAAAGAAGACUAUGCUGGCCUAAAAGAAGAAUUUCGUAAAGAAUUUACCGAGCUAGAAGAGGUUCUGACUAAUAAGAAGACGAUGUUCUUUGGUGGCAAUUCUAUCUCUAUGAUUGAUUACCUCAUCUGGCCCUGGUUUGAACGGCUGGAAGCAAUGAAUUUAUAUGAGUGUGUAGACCACACUCCAAAACUUAAACUGUGGAUGGCAGCCAUGAAGGAAGAUCCUACAGUCUCAGCCCUGCUCACUAGUGAGAAGGACUGGCAAGGUUUCCUAGAGCUUUACUUACAGAACUGUCCUGAGGCCUGUGACUAUGGGCUCUGAAGGGGGCAGGAGUCAGCAAUAAAGCUAUGUCUGAUGUUUUCCUUCACUAAAUAAAUAAA